AUGUCAAAUACAUGGAUUUCUAGGAAUGGGAAAUAUCAGCACCUAAAUCCACCAAGAGAGAACUAUUUGGAUGAUUUUGAUCAUUCUGUUGAUAAAUCCCAAGAUGCCUGGCAAUAUGGCAUUCAGAAGCAGGAAAAUUCAGCUGGGGUUAUCGGGAAGCAGGAAUUGUUUAGGGAUACUGUUAAGAAGGGCAGAGCUCUGAUUGAUUAUACAAGACUACUACUGCAGCAGGAGGUCAUGUCGUCUUCUUAUUUCUUUCCCACUCAUUUCACAAGGAAAUGGGCUUCAAAUGACACAGGUUUGUCAAAUGUAUUGUUGUCUGUGAAAUGGACUAGUGGUUGGCCAGCGGGCGGAACGAGGAAAGCGUUUUCCUUCCCCUGCCGCAUCUCCCUCCCUUUGUCGAGCCAGACAUUGUGUGAAUGGGGUGUUUUGAUUGUUUCACCGAGUGGUGAUUCUAACUGUGCCCAAGGAUCUGUUGGUAUUGACCCUGACAUUCUUGUGGCUCGAGACCAGAAUCGCAAUAGCUUGCUGCAGAACCUUGCUGCAGUUGUUGAGAACAGGGAUAAAGUUCUUGUGGAAAUGUCCCGCCUUGUCCUUUUGGAAGGCAGGUUUCGUGCUGGUAGCAACUUCAACAUUGAGGAAGCUCGUGCUAAUUUGGAGGCAAGUUUUGCCAACGAGGCUGAGAUUGUUUUCACUACUGUCUCAAGCAGCGGCCGUAAGUUGUUCUCUCGCCUUACUCAUGGUUUUGACAUGGUUGUGAUUGAUGAAGCAGCCCAAGCCAGCGAAGUAGGUGUACUUCCUCCCCUUUCUCUUGGAGCCGCUCGUUGUGUUCUUGUUGGGGAUCCCCAGCAGCUUCCUGCAACAGUUAUCAGCAAGACAGCUGGGACCUUGUUAUACAGUAGAAGCCUCUUUCAGAGGUUUCAGCAAGCAGGCUGCCCAACAAUGUUAUUUUCUGUGCAGUAA